AUGAAUGCCAAACCACAGCGCUUUCGAGCUAUUGGGGAUGAGAAUGUGCCCCCUCCGUCCCUGCAUCAAACCCACAAGGUCAUCCAUCAACGAAACAAGUCAAGCCCUGCGCUGAGUAUGGCGGCUCAGAACAAUGCUGGCCGACGCGCGUUUGUGGAUGUCAGCAACACCAAGGACAUUAGCCGCGCUAGUCGGGACGACUCUGGCGUUAGUGGAAAGCCUGCUCUAAUGGAAGUUAGGGGUCCUGGGCUGUCCCAGCCAGCCCAGCGCCGCAUGACCUUGUCAGGAACCAAGGGCCCUGUUGAAAACGCUACCACAACAAAGCCUAUGAUCCAUGCUGGCAAGGCACCACUGACGUACAAAUCGAAGCGAAACAAUGCGAUAUACAAAGACCAACUGCACACUGUUCCCGAGAAGGUCCCAUCCAAGGAAACCACCAAAGAUACGGAGGCCAAGGCCAGCCACAAGGGAGCGGAGAAAGGACGCCACGCGAAUAACAUUGUGGCAGAGCCUUCACAUGGGCUGAACGUGGAUAUCGCCAGCCUUGUUGAGUCUGAUGCCACCGUAUCUGAGACCGAAGAUAUGAAAGAGCACGCACAUGCCAAGGAACUUGUGCCAGCGGUAUCAGAGCCUGAGGAAUGGGAUGGGGAUGAUACCGAGUAUCAUGUUGCACCCACCUACUUCUCUCGUGGGGAUAACACCGACGGAACUACUACCGUCAUUUAUCCAUUCAUGAACAAUGUAACCACUCGUGAGAUGUUCCGGGCGAAGGACAUUGUUAAAAGCGAGCAAGUACAAGAAGACAUUGAUGAGGAAUGGCUGGAUACAACCAUGGUCGCGGAGUAUGGCGACGAGAUUUUUCUUCAUUUAAGGAAGAAAGAGAUUGAGAUGCUUCCGGUCCCCGAUUACAUGGCCCGUCAAAGCGAACUCCAGUGGUCGAUGCGCUCAGUAUUGAUGGACUGGCUAGUUCAAGUUCACCAGCGCUUCAACUUGCUCCCUGAAACCCUGUUUCUCACGGUCAACUACAUUGACCGUUUCUUGUCGUACAAGGUGGUUUCCAUGGGCAAGUUGCAGCUUGUUGGUGCGACUGCGAUCUUUAUUGCUGCAAAGUUCGAGGAGAUCACAGCUCCGUCUGUGCAAGAGAUCGUUUACAUGGUUGACAGUGGAUAUUCCGUCGACGAGAUUCUAAAAGCAGAACGGUUCAUGCUCACCAUCCUCGAUUUUGAUCUUGGAUGGCCUGGCCCUAUGAGCUUCCUUCGCCGCAUUAGCAAGGCUGAUGAAUAUGAUCUUGAAACUCGUACUGUUGCGAAGUACUUUCUUGAGCUGGCUAUUAUGGAUGAGCGCUUUGUCUGCACUCCCCCCAGCUUCAUUGCGGCAGGUGCCCAUUGCCUGUCUCGCCUGCUGCUUAACAAAGGCAACUGGACACCGGCACACGCCUUUUACAGUGGCUAUCUCUAUUCCCAGCUGAUUCCGGUGCUAAGCACACUGAUUGAAUGCUGUGAGAACCCUCGCCGCCACCACGCCGCCAUCUUUGAAAAGUAUUCGGAUCGUCGCUUUAAACGUGCUUCGAUGUUUGUUGAAGCAGAACUUGCCAUGGAUUUCGUUCUGCCCGAAGCCUCUGCUCUCAAUGAUCCAGAUCGCUUGGACGGCUAUGCAAACUACUAA